AAAAAUCAAGAUGGCGGAAGCUACAGCUCAAACCGUGUUGGACAAGAUCAGCCAGGGGCAUCUGGAAUGUCCGAUCUGUUGCUGUCGGUUCAAGGAUCCCAAGAUGUUGGACUGUCUUCACAGUUUCUGUCUGAACUGUCUGGAAGAGAUUAUGAGCAAACAGGACCCAGAGAUAAGGAAGAUAACUUGUCCAUUCUGCAGGAAAGAGACGCAAGUUCCUGAUGAAGGAUUGCAGAGUCUUUCGUCCAGCUUCUUUUUGAUUUCCCUUGCCGAUGAAAUAAACAAACAAGAACAAUUAUUAGGGGAAGUAUUAUCUACCAGUGCAACGUGUGAAUCGUGUGAAGAAGGACAAGAAGCUGUAUCAAGAUGUCUUGACUGCAAGGCGAACAUCUGCAAGAAAUGCCAAGAGGCACACCAAUUUCUGAAGUACACCAAAGGCCAUCGCAUCAUUCCAACACAGGACCUGGACAAAUUGAGGGUUUUACCUGUCGAUCUUACUGUCGCACCAAAAUGCAGAAAGCACAUUAAACAGCCGUUAUGUUUUUACUGUGAAUCCUGCGAUGCAUUGAUCUGUGUAAUGUGUGCUGCAACAGAGCACCGGUCCGCGGAUCACACGUACAUUGAAGUCUCUGACUUCAUCCGAUCAUUUCGUGAAAAUAUCAACGACAUAUUGCAUAAGUUUGAGAAAAGCAAAGAGCAAUUUACAAUAAACAAAGGCUCGAUCAAACGUGCACGAAAAAGACUACAAAAGAAACUUGCUCAGGCUCGUAGUGAUAUUUCUGCUCAAGAAGAGGCAGAGAUCGCUAAAAUCAGAAACAAAGCAAAGCUUCUCACCGAAAAGGUCGACGAAAUCGGUCAGGAGAGAGACAGUGAGUACGAAAAGGCGCUCAUGCACAACCGUGACCAGAUGGAACGCGCAGAUCAGAUCGUCACGGCAGUAAAUGACUUGAUGAGACAAGCCGAUGAUUUCGAGCUUUUGGAGCUCAAGCCGAAGGUGAUGCACAACUUGGAAUUCCAGAAGGAGCUCAAGUGUGAAUCGGCAAAGCUGGAUAUGGCGUUCAUCGGGGUCAAAUAUCAAGAUGUCGUCAGUGACACGGAUCUGGGGGAAAUACUGCUAAAAGAGAAAUGGCAGUUGAAGGAAGAGUUUGGCAAGAAAGGCACUGGUGACGGGGAAUUCCAGAGGGCCGCGGGUGUUGCAUGUUUGAACAACGGGAACGUUGUUGUAACUGACACAACACAGAAACGGUUAUCAUUGUUUACCUCCCAAGGUCAGUACAAAACAUUGGUUCUGCAAGGACCUGAUCGGCAUCAGCUGCAAAAUCCUUGGCGCGUUGCCGUCACCUGUGAUGAUCAGCUUUUUGUCACUGACAGAAAGAAAGUGAAGGUUUUCGACAAUGAACUACAGUUUGUUCGCGAGUUUACACCUUCGGUUGAUGAUGCUGAGGGGCUAUCAAAGAGUAACCUCCGUGGUAUUGCUGUGGACAAGCAACGAGUAGCAGUGGCUGACUUUGGGAGAAAGGUCGUCAGUGUCCACAACUUGGACGGAUCGUUGAUUGCAAGCACAUCCAACAACAUGGUUGACAAUAACUUGGCAAUGAGCAACAAAGAACGGCUGAUCCUCACAAACUACGAGGAGAAGAGGUUGCUGUGCGUUGACUUUGAGGGCAAUGAGGUGUUCAACGUGAUGACCUUACUAAACGGGAACCCAGCGAAACCGACUGGUGUCCUGUGCGAUGAUGAUGGGAGCAUCUAUGUCGCCGUUCACUCCGAUAACAAGGGAGACAGUGAAGUGCAUCAUUUUGACGCGAAUGGUGCAUUCAUAUCAACAGUUGCACAAAAGUUGUACAAUCCGUUAGGAAUGGCGUUCACCCCCGCUGGUGACGUCGUUGUCGCAGACAUGCAUUCCGUUAAAAUCUUUGAGCGGAUGUAAUCUGCUUCACUAAAAAUCAAUUGAUCCCUCUGGUAGCCAAAUAGGUUGCCUGAAAUCCACAAAACAUCUUCUUCAAGAUUUCUGAACAAUUCGUGUAGACCAAAGCACAUUUUUUCCCAGACCCAAUAUUUUUUUUUUCAAAUCGAAAAUAUAGAUGAAAACCUUCAUUUAUAUAGGAAAACGCAGCGGAUGGUUUCCCUGUCACUACUCGAGACACUAUACUAAUUAAAGUACCUAUAUUUUGUAAACGGAUAUUCGCCUUACCUUAGUUUUUAAACUUCGUAUAUUUUCCACAUAACAUUGCAUCAUUGGCUACGUCCGCUUUAUUUGGAGUGUUUUCUGUGUCGUUUCUAGUUUACAAUUCUGAUGAUGACAUUCUAUAAAGAGAUCUCGGAUUAACCAGAAUCUAUGAUUAGCUCUGUAUAUUUUGCGUGUACAUUGUAGAUGUUUCUUUCUACCAAUGAACAGUGGAAGAAUAGUUUAAAAGUUUCCUGACAGCGACCCGUUGAGGUUUGUGUUUCGUGUAUAUAAAGUCAAUUCAUUGUUCAAUAAUUAAUGCAUUGACUAUAAAAAAAAAAAACAGAAGAAGCUGCAUAUAGCAAUCCAAAUGUAAAUAAUGAAUGCAAACAGACUGAUCAUCCAUUUGAGAUUAUUAAAAUGAAACCGAUUUCAUCAUUAUUACUGCUU